CUCUUAAUGUGAGAAGUCAAAAGCACAGGGAAAUGGCCCAGCAGUGAAGUCCAGAGUUUAAGGAACCGGAGGAAUUAACUAACAUUUAGCCGCAACUUUCUGCGUGUUCGUCUCGUCACUUUUAGUGCAUUGUCCAUGGUCCACCUGCAGACCAGUGAAAUGCCUCCCUACAGAUAAAUAACAUGGCAGAGAGUGAGCUACCUCAGAGGCGCCUCGGUGUCAAGGAGCAGAAAAAUGGAGAGCUGACAGACUCAGAGUCUCCGGUGCAUGAGAGGAAGCAGAGAGAGAGAGAAGAGCGUGAAAACCUGGUGUUAUGGAAGAAACCUCUGCUCACACUCCAGUACUUUUUCUUGGAACUGCUCAUUACCCUUAGAGGGUGGAUUAUUAGGCUCUGUCAGCAAAGACAGACUGUGUUUGGCCUGCUGAUCCUCGUUAUUCUACUGUGCAUUGCCUACCGUAUCGAGGGAGCACAUCAGAAGUAUGUGCGCUACGUGGAGAAGAAGACGCUGUGGUGUGCCUAUUGGGUUGGCCUGGGUAUCCUCUCCUCUGUGGGUCUUGGCACUGGCCUUCACACCUUCCUCCUUUACCUGGGACCACACAUUGCAUCAGUGACCCUGGCGGCCUAUGAAUGCGGCUCUGUAGAUUUCCCUGAGCCUCCCUAUCCAGACCAAAUAGUCUGUCCCCAACAAGAAGCACUAACGUCAGGCUCCGAUGCUGAGCAGGUGGGCGUGGAGGAUGUGGGGGCCAACCGGGCGGUGGGUUCUGCUGCUCUCCAGGGAGGCAUCUCUCUGUGGACCAUCAUCUCGAAAGUUCGUUUGGAGGCCUGCAUGUGGGGUGCUGGUACAGCUAUAGGAGAGCUUCCUCCCUACUUCAUGGCCCGGGCUGCGCGACUGUCUGGUGCUGAUCCUGAUGAUGAAGAUUAUCAGAAAUUUGAGGAAAUGCUGGACCAGACUGAGUCCACACAGGACUUUGCAUCCCGUGCAAAAGUAGCAGUACAGAAGCUCAUCCAGAGAGUUGGAUUCUUUGGGAUUUUAGCCUGUGCUUCUAUUCCAAAUCCUCUUUUCGACCUGGCAGGAAUAACAUGUGGGCAUUUUUUGGUCCCAUUCUGGACCUUCUUUGGUGCAACUCUGAUAGGGAAGGCGGUCAUCAAGAUGCACAUUCAGAAACUGUUUGUGAUCAUCACAUUCAGCAAGCACAUAGUGGAACAGAUGAUCUCCCUCAUUGGAGCUGUUCCACUGCUGGGUGCGGCACUGCAGAAGCCCUUCAGGGAGUACUUGGAGGCCCAGAAGGCCAAGCUGCACCAUCUCGCUGGAGAGGGGAACCCAACAGAGGAGAGCUGGCUGUCGUGGCUCUUCGAGAAGGUUGUGGUCAUCAUGGUAUGCUUCUUUGUCUGUUCCAUUGUCAACUCCAUGGCGCAGAGCUACGCCAAGCGCAAGCAGCAGGAUAAGUACUCGGAAAGCAAGACGGAGUGAAGGCCUGCAGUUCACGCUUGAUCAUCAACUUCUGAAGCCUCCUUGCUUCUCCAAGCUUCCACCACUCCUGCUUCCCCUCUUGGCUGAUACCCCAUUAUUACGUGAAGCAAAAUAUCAAAAACCCCAUCUGGUUUCUCUCUUGGUCAUUUUAACUUGGACUUCUAUUUUCUUGUUUGUGAAGGCUUUACAUUUAGUGGUGAUUACUUUCUUUUGGUUUUUUUUGCCUGUAAGGUAGGUGUUUGCUGUGGCUUGUGUCCAUGCAUGUAAGCUGUUCCCUUUUGAGCGUAUCCAUGUGGUGCUUUUAGUAGUUCCUUUGCAUGUUAGGGGAAGCUUUUGGCAAUGAGUUGCCUCAGUGUAGCCUUAAGCUACACUGUUUAUUCCACUUGAACAAAGUUGAAAUUAUUUUAUAUCCACUGAGUCUUCGGACUUUACUUUAUCUGAGUAAGCUAGGGUUGUUUCAACCAUUUUAUAUUUGUUAAAACUAGUGUAAACUUAUUUAAUAACUUGUUUAUUUAUUAUUUAUAAUUGGUAAACGAUAAAAUAUUCUGUAUUUAUUUCUGUAGGGUAGGUUUGUGCCUAGUAUUGCUCAGGUUAGAUAAUAAUUGCUAACAUUGUCUUCUUCUGAACCAUCCAUGUCUUUUUAUUGUACUGUAAGUCAGUUAUAGUAGAAAUUUUAAUGAAUGCUGCAGACUGUACGUGGUGCUUUAAGAUGAUUGCUUCGUUGGUGUGUGCGGUAAAGCUCGUUGCUGUAGUUUUCAGUGAGAAAUGAUAAAUCGGCCAUGAAUCAUCCUGCUGGUCCCUUUGUCUGCCCUUAUUGUUCAGCUUCCAGGAAGGGAGUGCAUGAGUCAGCCCGGGGCUACUUUACCAGAUGCAGCCAUAUAUAUUGAAUCAGAUCUACAACUGUUCGUGCGCGUGCCUGUGUGUGAAACGGAGAGGGAGGUCGAGAUAGUGGGUUGCAUUACCGUGGCUGUCACAUUUGUUGCUCUCCUUGCUAUCUUUUAUGGAUUAAAGCAGAUUGUGCUCCACUAACAGACUACUGCCUGGUAGUCUUAGUGUGUGCGAUAGUGACUGUUGUCUUGAACUUAGAGGCGGCUACAGUAUCAUGAGAAGUGUCUUCUUUGUCUUUGUCUAGGCAGAUUUUUUUUCCACAGAUGAGGACAGCAAGCUCAUGUAUGACACUACAUUAGCGUUUCUUAAAGGAAACCUACACUUUAUCUGGUGAAUGUUGUUUUUUAUUUGUUGUUUUUUGUCUGCUUUUGUGCUCAUUGGAUAAUGUCAGACAUUUAUUUGGUACUUUCCUUUUUUUCCCCUGUAAUUGCCAGUGAAAUAUGCUAUUUUCUCCCCCCUUUUCUGUGCCGCUGCUGUGCUACGCUGGAUUGAGAGCAGUGGGCGCGCAGGAAUAAGCAGCAGGGGGAAAAAAACCCUCAAGCGCACGUCUGUGCCGUUACCUCAGCUGAACCUUCAAAUGAACUCGUUGCACUGCCCCAGUCACGGAGCCAGGAGACGAAUCACUCUAGUAGAUUCAAAACAGAGGGGUACUGUUGAGCGAGCUGAACCCUGUGCUCUGCACCAGCGCUAGUCUAGAACAUUCACAUCUCUUUUUUUUCCUGUCACGGUAAGUAGGAUGAGGAUUGUCUUUUUUUUUCUUUUUUUUUUCCCCAUUGUUGUUGUACAUGUAUAUGUCUCAGGCAUGUCCAUCACUCUCUCGGCCUGUCAGAUAGCUUAUCAGACUGGUGUUGGCUGUUAAGAUUGCAAGGCGACAACAGUCUGUAGGCUGUCUGACAUUUCGGGCUCUUUCAUCUGACCAGCAUCCUGUUUUGUCCUCCUUUUGUUAGUGUCAUUGUUUCAGUUAGCAUCAGUUCCCAUUCAGAGGUGUGUGCUGCAAUGUCACUUCCCUUUAUCCUAACUGCUUGCGAAACGUUGAAGCUGUGGGUCUAUUGUUUAUUUCCUCUGUGCUGACGUCUGUGAGGGUUUUUGUGUGGCUUAGUGUGAGGAACUGUGUUUUCGCAUGUUUGCAAAUGCAGAUGUAGCGAUGUCAGUGGUGUACUUCUGUGUGUGUGUGAGAGAGAGAGAGAGGGAGAGAAAGAAAGCUCUUGAAUUUCCAGAGAAUCCAGCCGGUACACACCUUAUUGCAACACAUCACAUUGUGACACUCAGUCCUAGGUAUAGUACACAAAGUGCUCAACCAGCUCCCACCUUCCCUUUUACACUUCCCUCUUCUGUUUCACAGAAAACUUUCUUUUGUUGCUCAAUACUCGCUUUUUUGUAGGAGGCUGCAUCUCAUUGAAACAAUUCUCUUGAAAAAGUGUUUUUUGUAAAGACAGAAAAUAGAUAAUUAUACAAAGCUGAUGAUUAAUCACUUGGUCAGUGCCCACAAAGCUCUGGUUUUAUUUUUAAACUCUUCUUUUUCUAGACUAGGUAAAACUUUUCUUGGUCAUUAAAGCAAAAUUACUGGAUAACACUGGAAUGACUCGCUGGCAUAAGGAAUGUUUUUCUUGGCAGUAUCAUGAUGUCCUGUUCCAUAAGGGAGCCCCCUUUUGGCACAACUAUCUGAAUGUGUGUGCACACGUUUGACUAGAAAUUCUGUUUAUAUAUGCCUGUGUGAGGGCCUGUAUUUCUUUUCUGACAGAUGUCUGUACUAAACAUGAAUGCUCUGUAAGGUUUUUCUCUGAUUUCAGUAUUAAUAAAGUCUGUUAAAAAACA